UUCUCCCUUCAUGACAUGGUGAUGGAGCACAGUCUGUCCUUCACCUCUUCACCUCCCUCGGAACAGUGCACCAGAUUUAACUUGCGGACUUUCCGUUGGAUGCAAACUAUGGUCUUUGCCGUAGAGGAGAUCAACCGAGAUGACAAACUCCUUCCCAACAUCACACUGGGCUACAGGAUUUAUGAUUCAUGCAGCACACCCCAUCAGGCACUGAAGGCUGCUAUGGAGUUAGUGGGGCAUGAGAGGAGUUCAGGCGUCAAGGGAGAGACACAGAGGGAAGGCGGCUGUCGGGGCACGGUCCCGGCGGUGAUAGGAGACGGAGGCUCUACUCAGUCUCUCGUCGUGGCCCGCUUGCUGGGAGUGUUCCACGUGCCGCAGGUUAGUUACUUCUCCAGCUGUGCCUGCCUGAGUGACAAAAAGGACUUUCCUGCUUUUUUAAGGACUAUGCCCAGUGACUUCUUUCAGGUAGAUGCAUUAGUACAACUCGUCAAGCAUUUUGGCUGGACUUGGGUGGGUGUCAUAGCAGGGGAUGAUGCUUAUGGCCUUGGUGGGGCAAACAUAUUUGUCAAUAAGGUGGGAAAAUUGGGUGUUUGUGUUGCCCUUCACGAGGUUAUCCCUAAGAACCGAGCACAGACCACAAUUUCAUCAAUUGUUUCCAAGAUCCGCUCCUCUGGGGCUCGAGUGAUUCUGGUGUUUGCUGUGCAACAAGAUGCAGCCGCAUUGUUUGGCGAAGCACUCAGAGCGGGGCUCACUGGGAUACAGUGGCUGGCCAGUGAGGCUUGGAGCACAGCUGGCGUACUCUCCACUCCCAGAAAGCAACGCCACAUUCUCCAGGGUUCGAUGGGAUUUGCCAUUCGGAGAGCACACAUUCCCGGAUUGCAAGACUUUCUCCUUCGCCUGCAUCCCUCAAGCCGCAAUGCCCCUACAGAUCCCUUCCUGAUACCCUUCUGGGAAGAAGUGUUUCAAUGCAGCCUGGCAGCGCGGGCUGAAGGUCAGGAACAGACAAUUGAGGGUAAACCUCCAUGCUCUGGAACAGAAGAGCUGAGGAGUGUGAGGAAUAUCUAUUCAGAUGUGUCACAACUAAGGAUUUCCUACAAUGUCUAUAAGGCGGUGUAUGCCUUUGUUCAUGCGCUUAAGGCAAUGAGAUUCUGCGUGAAAGGAAACGGACCAUUUCCUCUGCAGGCCUGUGCAGAUCCAGAUCACAUAGAGCCGUGGCAGUUGCUUCAUUACAUCAAAUCUGUGAAAUACUUGAACUCCUUUGGCGAUGAAACCAAGUUUGAUGAGAACGGUGACCCUGCGGCCAUGUAUGACCUGGUGAACUGGCAGCUGAGACAAGAUGGAGAAAUGGAGUUUGUUACUAUCGGCAAAUUUGACGAGAUGACCGCAGGUGGAAAGCAAGAACUUCAGAUCCAGGAACACAUGAUUGUAUGGAAUGGCAACCAAACCGAAAUUCCCUUGUCAGUAUGCAGCAGCAUUUGUCCCCCAGGUACCCGUCAGGCAAUCAGACCAAACUUCCCUAUUUGCUGCUAUGAUUGUGUUGUUUGCACAGCUGGCUGGAUAAGCAAUCAGACUGAUGCUAUAGAAUGUGUGGAGUGCCUCCCAGAGUUCUGGUCCAAUGUUGAGAGGACAGCCUGUAUUCCCAAACAAGUAGAGUUCCUCUCCUAUAACAGCACAAUAGGCAUCACCCUGAUGGCUAUUUCCAUCACUGGCUCCCUCUGCACUUGUGCUGUGGCCUUCGUAUUCUCUUUUCACAGAGUCACUCCUAUCGUCAGGGCCAACAACUCUGAGCUGAGCUUCCUGCUGCUCUUCUCCUUGACUCUGUGUUUCCUGUGUUCUCUGUCAUUCAUUGGCCAGCCCUCGGAGUGGUCCUGCAUGCUGCGCCACACAGCAUUUGGAAUUACCUCUGUGCUCUGUAUAUCUUGUAUCCUGGGGAAAACUAUAGUGGUGCUGAUGGCCUUCAAGGCCACACUUCCAAACAGUAAUUUAAUCAAAUGGUUUGGGCCUGCAAAACAAAAGGCAAUCAUUGCCUUUUGUACACUGAUCCAGGUAAUAAUCUGCACAGUGUGGCUGGUUGUUGCUCCCCCCACUCCACGCCAAGUAAUGGCCCACAAGAGCGCUGUCGUCAUUUUCUUGUGUGACAAAGGUUCACCUAUAGCCUUCUCUCUAGUCCUGGGUUACAUUGGCCUGCUGGCCUGCAUCUGCCUGGUAUUGGCCUUCCUGGCAAGGAAACUACCGGACAAUUUCAACGAGGCCAGACUCAUCACUUUCAGCAUGCUCAUUUUUUGUGCAGUGUGGAUAGCUUUUGUUCCUGCUUACAUCAGCUCACCCGGAAAGUACUCCACAGUCACGGAGGUGUUUGCUAUCUUGGCCUCCAGUUACGGACUGCUGGGUUGCAUCUUUGCCCCAAAGUGCUACAUGAUCCUGAUGAAGCCAGAAAAGAACACAUGGAAACACCUGAUGUCGAAAGCUGCCGCCGGAAAAUUCUAGGAGAACAUCUUUAUUCCAUACAAUAUAUAUACAGUAUAAAGAGUCAAAGUUUUAGCAUCUAGUCCUUGAAUAGUGACAGUUAGGUUUCACCACUAGAGGACAGUAGUGUGUUGUUAAAAGUCCCUUCUGCUGUUGUUUAACCUGACCAAUCACUUCCCCAAAUGUCUUUGUACAUUUUGCCAUAUAACAUUUUAGUUACUAUUAUCUAAUAAUGAUUACCACUAGUUAAAGAUCUUUCUUAACCAUAUGAAUACAUUUUGUCGGUGGUGUGAAAAUAACAAACUGUUUAGUCACAGAAACAAUAUGAAAGACAAAAGAGCAUUGGCAUAAUAUGGUGUUAUCUUAUGAAAAGGCCUGUAGUCUUUAACUGCCCGUAAUUCAAGACCGAGUUUUUAUUUUUCCAACUACAUAAAAAUGUCAUGGACAGCUCGUUGUGAAUGUAAAUAGGAUUCGACAGCAUUGUCCAUACGGAUUUGACCUGAGAUGGAAUGAUGAGGCCUUUGUGUCUGAGGUAUGCUGUGUGGAAAUCCCAGCCAUCAGUGGUUAAUUUGAACCCUCAUACUUCGGAGGCCUUUACAUAUAAACACCACGCUUGGCUGCUCCCUGCAAAAACAAACUAAAACGUCAGACAUUUUUCCGUCUCUCUACAUCUGCUUCCAAGCUUACCUUGAUUAUCCACCACUAAUUGAUCGGUAUUAUUCUAUUUUCAUUUACU